GUCAUUUUUACGCAUAGUGGCUAGACAGUGGUCCUUCAGGGAUCGCAUCCUAAAUGUUUAUCCUUUAAUCCAAUGCGCUGUGCCGGCUUUUUUUUAACAUAUUUAACGUUUUUAAUUCAACUUAAUACUAGAUAAAUGUGUGGGUUCACAAACAGAUCUGAUCGUUGCCUGAGUGAAAACAAACAAUAACAAAGCGCAUGACAGUUUGGGAUAUUACUGUAAACGGUCACGAUGAGCGACAGCGUUUACUCUUCGGGAAAGGACGGUCAAGCCCCCGCACCCGCGGAGAGCAGCACAACCACGCCGUCAGACCCGGAGAACUUACUGUACGACGCUGACGACCCCGGCGACGAGAGCGACGCGCUGGACGCCAGAGACGGCGCGGGCAGCCCGGAAGAGCUCAACGACGACGAUACGUCCGGAGAGAGCGAGAGUGUGCCGAAGACCUGCACCUAUGACGGCUGCACGGAGACCACCACACAGGUGGCCAAAGCCAGGAAACCGUGGAUGUGUAAAAAGCACCGCAACAAAAUGUACAAAGACAAAUAUAAGAAGAAGAAAAGCGACCAGGCCAUGUCGUCUGGAAAAUUAGAAGAGGGUUCGGAGGAGAGGCCUGUCUCAGUUACUAAGCAACGGCUGGGUACCAUUGGAGACAGACCAGCAAGACCUUCCCUCAUUGAGCAGGUGUUGAAUCAAAAGAGGCUGUCUCUGCUGAGGAGCCCAGAAGUUAUCAGCUUUUUACAGCAGCAACAACGUUUGCUGACCACACAGAACCGCACGCAAACCCAGCACAACUACUGAAGAGGAUUAAAUGCGAUCAUGUUUUACAAACAUUUCAAACAGGGAAUAUUGUGUUUUGAAAUGGGGACUGUCAGCAUCUGUGACCUGCACCGUCAUUAGAUGGUGUGGAGAACAUCAGCCCUGCAGCCUGGAAACUUGGAUAUUUUCUGAAUGAUCUGAUUGAUCUUAAGUACUUGUCUCAUCAUGAAGCUGUUGAUAUCAGCAAACAAAUAAUCAGCUAAAUCUACCGUAUGUCAAAUGUAUUUAAACGGCCAUUCUGUUGUGCUUCAUAUAGUGUAUUUUAACUUGUCUUUAAAAUGAUGAAAAAAUAAAGCUGCAGCUGUAGAAAUCAAUAAAUGAUUGGAAGAAUUCAGUUUUUAUUUGUAUUUGAUUGGAACGCUUUUAUAACUUUCAUUAAAAAGCCAUUGACAAACAUUA